AUGGGUGGUGAUUUGAAGAAAAUUGAGGUUGUUGGUGAAUAUUUGAUUGAGUUAUGGAAGAGUGUGGGAAUGAAUCUUGAAGGGGGUCAAGUGGAAUUUCUGUGGUCUUCAAAAGAGAUUAACUCUAGAGCUCAUGAAUACUGGCCUCUUGUUAUGGACAUAGCUCGAAGGAACAAGCUUCCACGGAUCAAAAACUCUCUUUCUUCUGCUAAAAGGAUCAACAUGCUCCCUGGUUUGCAGGAAGGUCAAGAGAAGAUGUCAAAGAGUGACCCCUCUUCUUCUAUCUACAUGGAGGAUGAAGAGGCAGAUGUAAAUCUCAAGAUAAAGAAGGCUUUUUGUCCACCGAAGGUUGUAGAAAAGAAUCCAUGUCUGGAGUACAUCAAGUAUAUCGUCAUCCCUUGGUUUAAUGAGUUCAAAAUUGAGCGAAGCGCUGAGAAUGGUGGCGACAAAUGUCCUCCUGACUCAUUUAAAUUUGAUAUGCAGCAGGUACGUGAUCAUUUUAAGAAUGAUCAGAAAGCCAAAGAUCUUAUGAAAAGGGUGAAGAGUUUCAAGCAACACGGUAAUUUCCAGAGUGAUGUCUAUGUGCAUCUCUCGUCCUCUGCGAUACAUGUCGAUGUUUUCCACGAAAUUUCACCGGAUUUUACUCCCACCAUCUGUCUUCCUCUGUAUCUUCUAUGGAAUUUUCUCCGUGAGCUUCUGCUGGAAAUCAUCGAUUUUCUGUCUCUAUCAGUGUAA